GUGCCGUUGUCAAGGCAGAUGACAAUGUGGAGAAGACAGAGGAUGAGGAGAAGGGACAGCUGAUCUUGUAUCCUGCCCCAAGGACUUAAUUGUAAGACAUGUCCUUCCUCCAUAACACUUUUAAAGGCAUUGUGUCCUGUAAUAACUUGGGAGACUCCUGGAUUAGAGUGGAGAGAAAUAAGGGGAUAGCAGUAUCCUCAAGGCAGGACUGGAUACAGGAGCAGUUGGAUAACCUGGAGCUGGGAUUGCUGUAGCAACCAACAAGUUGCGUUUAUGCAGUGGCUGUUCAGAGAGGACAGAGCUGCCCAGUCCUUACUGAACAAGCUGAUCCGCAGUAACCUGGUUGACACCACAAAUCAGGUGGAGGUGCUGCAGAGGGAUCCCACAUCACCCCUCUACUCUGUCAAGUCUUUUGAGGAGCUGCGCCUGAAACCACAGCUCCUGCAAGGAGUCUAUGCCAUGGGCUUCAACAGACCAUCUAAGAUCCAAGAGAAUGCCCUGCCCAUGAUGCUUGCUGAACCCCCGCAGAACCUCAUCGCGCAGUCGCAGUCCGGUACUGGCAAGACAGCUGCCUUCGUCCUGGCCAUGCUCAGCAGGGUUGAGCCUGGGAACAAGUAUCCACAGUGUUUGUGCCUUUCCCCAACAUACGAGCUGGCACUUCAGACAGGAAAAGUGAUUGAACAGAUGGGAAACUUCUACCCAGAGCUGAAACUUGCAUACGCUGUCCGAGGCAACAAACUGGAGAGAGGGCAGAAGAUCUCAGAGCAGAUCGUAAUCGGCACGCCUGGCACCGUGCUGGACUGGUGUUCCAAACUGAAAUUCAUAGACCCCAAGAAGAUCAAGGUGUUCGUGUUGGAUGAGGCAGAUGUGAUGAUCGCCACCCAGGGCCACCAGGACCAGAGCAUCCGCAUUCAGAGAAUGCUCCCCAGGGACUGCCAGAUGCUCCUGUUUUCAGCCACUUUCGAGGAUUCUGUGUGGAAGUUUGCUCAAAAAGUUGUUCCUGACCCAAACAUUAUCAAACUGAAGCGUGAGGAGGAGACCCUGGACACCAUCAAGCAGUAUUAUGUUCUGUGCAACAACAGAGAUGAGAAGUUCCGGGCUCUGUGUAACAUCUACGGUGCCAUCACCAUUGCCCAGGCCAUGAUCUUCUGCCAUACUCGGAAGACGGCGGGGUGGCUGGCGGCAGAGCUGUCCAGGGAGGGCCAUCAGGUGGCCUUGCUCAGCGGGGAGAUGAUGGUGGAGCAGAGAGCUGCUGUGAUCGAGCGCUUCCGAGAGGGCAAGGAGAAGGUGCUGGUGACCACAAAUGUCUGUGCCAGAGGGAUCGAUGUAGAGCAGGUCUCUGUUGUUAUCAAUUUUGAUCUGCCUGUGGAUAAGGAUGGGAAUCCAGACAACGAGACCUACCUGCACCGGAUCGGCCGCACCGGCCGCUUCGGCAAGCGAGGGCUGGCCAUUAACAUGGUGGACAGCAAGCACAGCAUGAACAUUCUCAACAGAAUCCAGGAACAUUUCAACAAAAAGAUAAACAAAUUGGAUACUGACGACUUGGAUGAAAUUGAGAAGAUAAAUAACUGAAAUAGCUGCUGGAACUGGUGUGUGCCCUGCUGUGGAAGCUCUCCCACUACAAUUGGAUCAGCGUUUGGAUUGGCACAGCCUCUCAAAAAGACUCUUCAAGAUAUGAGUACACAAAAAUUACCUCAUUUUCAAAAUUGCAGUUGGACUUCAAAUUGUGCAACUAUGGGGAGGAAGAGGAAAUGUUUACAGAAGCUUUUAACAUUUCUUAGUUUAGCCUUAAAAUGGGAUGAUUGUUGGAAUUCUGAGAAAUACACUUGCCAAAAGAGAGGCAAUAGGGAAUUAUCUAAAAUUUGAAAAGGAAAAAAAAAAAACAUUAUUGCCUUUAAUUGGAAUAAUUUGCAGCAUUAACCUGAUCAGUUUAAAUUCAACAGCUGAAUAUAUAAUGGACAUAAGGAAAGGAAAAAAAAA